AUGUCGGCAACAAGCGAUCGUGCGCAUUCUUUUUUACCUUAUCUUCCAGAAGUAGUGGACAUGAUUUUGAGAUAUCUCCCGGCUAGGGAGCUACGGACAACGGCGCGAGUGAGCAGAAUGUGGAGACACAUUUCCAUGCAGAUUCUUCAUUCACGCACAACCUGGAGCGUGCAUUACCUGGCUGACAAGCUAAUAACUGGCAACGAAAUCGACAGUGUCAUCGAGAACAUGUAUACCGAGCCUCGGAUGGUAAUUCAGUUAAGCCACCGUGAGAUCUGGUUCACGAGAAGAGAACCUCGAAGGCGCAGGAACGAAGAACGACAGCUGGUACGAUCCGUGUUCAAUUUAUUUUCCAAGCUGCCGCCGGGAUGUGUCACGUUGGGCUGUACCACUGAGCGUAUAGUGUUUCAGCAACCCAUUGACCAGUUUACCCCAGAUCAUAUGCAUCAUCUCAAGACUGGGCACGCAUUCAUGUGCGCGCCAUAUAUGCCAGGUGUAGAGUACCAUCAUGUUUAUCUUCGCACUCCAAGACCUCCCCCGGAAAGCCGCUGGUGUGACAUGUUUGAUUUACCCGCCAACGCUCCAGUGAAGUUAGUUAUUCUGAUCGCAUUGUCGGCGAGUAGAGAUUUUAUACCUUUCAUAGCUGCAGGAAUCCGUGAGACAUACGGGGAACAAGUGGUUGUUUUUGGUGGCGUAGGGCACGACCGUUUGUUUAUUGAUGGACUGGUGAAGAGAGCAAGGGUUGUCGCAGUGUUUAUUUCCGGUCAACGAUUCCGUGCAUGCGCAGGACUAUUAAAUAACGGCAACAACGCUGACUUUUACUCGCCGGCUCAACAACUCAUCGAAGACGCUAGCAGACACGGUUUCACACCUAAGUUUUCGCUCCUGUUCACGUCACGGUUCGUUCACAAAGGACAAGCCUUCUACUCUAGCUCGCAAACAGCCUUUAAAGAAGGAUUUACCAAUAGUCCCAUGAUUGGAUUUUAUUCGUACGGUGAAUACUGUUUAACUGAAAGAGAUGUGGGGGUAACGAAAAUCAAUGACUUCAAGAGACUUAUGAGAUAUAAUUCAGCCAUUUAUUGUGUAUGUUCGUAUCGAAACGAACCGUCGUAAUACAUAUUUUGAAAUUGUAAAUAUCGUAAAUAGGUGGAAAAUCUCAACACUAGUUAGAAAGUUUAAAUAUAAUUUUUUCUUGGUUUGUAUUAACGAAAAUUGAAACAACAAAAUCUACAAACAUAACAUCUGUUUAAACUGCUAUAUCAGUGUAAGGUUUUAAGUGCAAAGCGAUCGCACUGGUAAAGUAAAUUAAAGGCUACAUACUUACUUUUACUUUCUUUGUUUUUUAAGUUUUUACUUUUUAUCUCACUUCUACCCUUGAAAUAUAGUAAAAAUGCCAACCGCUGCAUGAGAAAAUAUACGUGUUACGGUGUAUACUCCUGAAAUCACGUUACAUUUGUGACAGAUUUUACCGCUACAUCUGAUUGGCC